AUGAGCGAUCUCGACAGGGCCAUCGCCCAGCUGCGCGCAUGCCGCCCCAUCCCCGAGCCUCAAGUCCGAGAACUCUGCCAUCGCGCCCGCGAGCUCCUGAUUGAAGAAGGAAACGUGGUGACGGUCACGGCGCCAGUCACGAUAUGUGGCGACAUUCACGGCCAGUUCCACGACCUGAUGGAGCUCUUUCGCGUCGGCGGCGACGUCCCAGACACAAACUAUCUCUUCAUGGGCGACUUUGUCGACCGUGGUUUCUACUCGCUCGAAUCCUUCCUCCUCCUCCUCUGCCUCAAAAUCACGACCGUCUACGGCUUCUACGACGAAUGCGUCCGCAAAUACGGCAGCGCCAACGUGUGGCGCUACUGCUGCGACGUCUUCGAUUACCUGGCCCUCGGCGCCAUUGUCCUCGGCGCCUCCAACACACUCUCCCCCGGUCAGAUGCCCGUCGACGACGACACCGAGAUCGAGGUGUGCGACCAGAACGGCGCCGUCAUGAGCCGCUUCUCCCGCCAGGCCGACCAGCUCAUGGACAACAUGCGUGACCAGGCCCCGAGCCCAUCGAACCCGAGCUCCAACGGAACUGGCGACAAGACGGGCCCGCCUGGUUCCGGCGCGUCGGGCGACAGCGGCGGCAGCGUGGGCAACCCCGCGGGGGCAGUGCUGUGCGUCCACGGCGGGCUGAGUCCGCUUAUCGAUUCGGUGGAUAAGAUCCGGCUCAUCGACCGGAAGCAAGAGGUGCCGCACGAGGGCGCCAUGUGCGACCUGCUGUGGUCAGACCCCGACGAUAUCGACGGCUGGGGCCUUUCCCCUCGCGGAGCGGGCUUUCUCUUUGGCGCUGAUAUUGUCAAGGUCUUCAAUCAUCGCAACGACCUAAGCCUCAUUGCCCGCGCCCACCAGCUCGUCAUGGAGGGCUUCAAGGAGAUGUUUGACGCGUCUAUUGUCACCGUCUGGUCCGCCCCCAACUACUGCUAUCGCUGCGGCAACGUGGCCGCCGUGCUGGAGCUGUGCGAGGACGAAUCGGGCACUGGCGUCUUUGCCCGUAGCAACGGCGAAGUCGGGCGCAGCGACGGCGGCCUUGUGGAGGCGGACGGCGGCGGCGGGGGACGCUACCGCGUCUUCCAGGCGGCGCCCCAGGACUCGCGUGGGAUGCCGGCUAAGAAGCCGGUUGCCGACUACUUCUUGUAG